AUGGCCCCGGCCGUUCCCCUCUGCCGGGCGGGGCCGCCCCGUCCCCGUCCCCGGGCGACCCGACGCGGUCUCGCCCUCGCCCGGCUCCCGGCACGCCGGCUGUGGCACUGCUGGGUGCUCCUGUGGGGCUGGCUGUGGGACGGGCUCGGCCUCGCCGCCCCUUGGCUCCGCCUGGCUCGAACCCGGCGCCUGCCGGGGCCGGCGGGGGACGCGGGCGCCGCGGCCGCUGCCGCCUCCUCGGGGGGUUCCCCGGGCAGAGCUCCGCCGCCGCUGCCCGCUGCGGGUGGGGAAGCCCGGCCCGGGCCGCUUGAGGGGCGCUCGGGGGCCGUGCCGGGCCCCGGCCCGAACGCUGACGGCCACGUCUCGCCCGCACGGAAGGCGAAGGGGCCCCUGCAGAAGCGCUACCGGCUGGGUUCGCUGCUGGGCAGCGGCGGCUUCGGCCGCGUCUACGCGGGGACCCGCCUGGCGGACGGAGCCCCGGUGGCCAUCAAAGCCGUGUCCCGGGAUGGCAUCCGGCGGUGGGGCGAGCUGCCUGACGGCACCCGGGCACCCCUGGAGAUCGUGCUGCUGGACAAGGUGUCCAAUGGCUUUCGUGGUGUCAUCCAGCUCCUGGAGUGGUUUGAGCUCCCCAACAGUUUCUUGUUGGUGAUGGAGCGUCCAGAGCGCUCUCGGGACCUCUCUCGCUUCAUCACGGCGUGGAGGUUCCUGCCGGAGGAGGUGGCGUGGGGGCUGUUCCGCCAGGUGCUGAAGGCCGUGCGGCACUGCACCAGCUGCGGCGUCCUGCACCGGGACAUCAAGCCCCAGAACAUCCUCCUCGACCUGGCCACCGGCGAGGCCAAGCUCCUUGACUUUGGAUGUGGCACCUUCCUCCAGGACACGGUCUACACCCAGUUUGCAGGAACACCGUCAUACAGCCCGCCAGAGUGGAUCUGCUUCAAACGCUACCGUGGCGAGGCAGCAACAAUCUGGUCCCUGGGCAUCCUGCUCUACCAGAUGGUCUGCGGGAAGCACCCUUUCUGCAGAGGCACCAACACCAUCUGGGACCAGCUCCUGUUCCCACCACGGGUCUCUCGAGGGUGUCAGCACCUUAUCAAGUGGUGUUUGUCCAUCCGCCCCUCAGACAGGCCAUCAUUGGAAGACCUAUUGUGCCAUCCUUGGGUGCAGGGCUUUCACCUGCAGAAGACAGGAGAGAUCCACGUGCUCACUUUGAUCCAGGAGCCUGGCAAGUAACACCUCCACACAUCUCUGGGCAAUAAGAAGUAAAGAAAACCAGACUUUUUUGUCAUGCCUGUAGCACUGAGGGGGGAUCAUCACAUGGGAACAUGCACCUCUUUGUGCUGGAGCUGGGCUGCAAACCCAGUCUUCCAAGUGCUGGUGGCCACCAUCCAACCUGGUUUUGC